AUGGUUUUACCAAGAUUAUACGGUGUCUCCACUAAGGGGGCCUUGAAAAAUGCCAUGAGACUUUCUUCUCAUACCUCUGUCAGAGGUUUGGCUACUGCUGCUCCUCUCGUAGGUAAGGUUAAAGGUGUCAUCGGUGCUAUUGUUGAUGUUCAAUUUGGACAAGGAAACUUACCAGCUAUUUUAAACGCUUUGGAAAUUCAAACUCCAAACGGUAAGUUAGUCUUGGAAGUUGCUCAACAUUUAGGUGAAAAUGCUGUUAGAACCAUUGCUAUGGAUGGUACCGAAGGUUUAGUCCGUGGUGAAAAAGUCAUUGACACAGGUGCGCCAAUUUCUGUCCCAGUCGGUAGAGAAACUUUAGGUAGAAUUAUCAACGUUAUCGGUGAACCAAUUGAUGAAAGAGGUCCAAUCAACUCUAAGUUGAGAAAACCAAUUCAUGCUGAUCCACCAAGUUUCGUCGAACAGAGUACCGCUGCUGAAGUUUUAGAAACUGGUAUCAAAGUUGUCGAUCUAUUAGCCCCAUACGCUAGAGGUGGUAAGAUUGGUUUAUUCGGUGGUGCUGGUGUCGGUAAAACCGUUUUCAUCCAAGAAUUGAUUAAUAACAUCGCUAAAGCCCAUGGUGGUUUCUCCGUUUUCACUGGUGUCGGUGAAAGAACAAGAGAAGGUAAUGAUUUAUACCGUGAAAUGAGAGAAACUAAAGUUAUUAACUUAGAAGGUGAAUCUAAGGUCGCCUUAGUUUUCGGUCAAAUGAACGAACCACCUGGAGCUAGAGCCAGAGUCGCCUUAACUGGUUUGACUAUUGCAGAAUACUUCAGAGAUGAAGAAGGUCAAGAUGUGUUAUUAUUCAUCGACAACAUUUUCAGAUUCACUCAAGCUGGUUCCGAAGUUUCCGCUUUGUUAGGUAGAAUUCCAUCUGCCGUCGGUUAUCAACCAACUUUAGCAACUGAUAUGGGUUUGUUACAAGAAAGAAUCACAACAACCAAGAAGGGUUCCGUUACUUCUGUCCAAGCCGUUUACGUGCCAGCUGAUGAUUUAACCGAUCCUGCUCCUGCUACUACAUUCGCACAUUUGGAUGCCACCACUGUCUUAUCAAGAAGUAUUUCAGAAUUAGGUAUCUACCCAGCUGUCGAUCCAUUAGAUUCUAAGUCAAGAUUAUUAGAUGCUGCUGUCGUUGGUCAAGAACAUUACGACACCGCCACUCGUGUCCAAGAAACUCUACAAGCUUACAAAUCUUUACAAGAUAUCAUUGCUAUUUUAGGUAUGGAUGAAUUAUCUGAAGCUGACAAAAUCACUGUCGAAAGAGCAAGGAAGAUUCAAAGAUUCUUAUCUCAACCAUUCGCUGUUGCCGAAGUCUUCACUGGUAUUCCAGGUAAAUUAGUCAGAUUAAAGGAUACAAUUUCUUCAUUCAAAGCCGUUCUAGAAGGUAAAUACGAUCACUUACCAGAAAGUGCUUUCUAUAUGGUUGGUGGUAUUGAAGAUGUUGUUGCCAAGGCUGAAAAAUUAGCUUCUGAAGCUAAUUAA